UAUAGUUCUUCUUCGCGAAAUAUGCACGCAUCGAGACGCCUGAAUUUAGAAUGUUCAUUGAAUAUCUGCGUUGAAAUUGAUAAAGUAUUGUUGUGCGUUAAUGAGAACUAUUGUGGAAUAUCAUUCUUGAAGGACCGUUUAGUUUGUUAUUCAGUGUGUAAUAGUGACUGUUUUGGGUGACGAACAAAAGAGUACUUGGUGCGUCGAAAGUUAAAACAUGGUGCCGCUAGGGCCGGGGCCCGGCCAUCCUGCUGCACAUCAAACACAUGGCGGGCCCUCAGCGAAUCUGUCUGGAUCAAAUUCACUAUCGCAAAGUACCCCACAAUCAAAUAAAUCUUCGGUGGCGAAGCCGAACUAUACGUUAAAAUUCACGCUUGCUGGUCACACGAAGGCUGUAUCAUCGGUAAAGUUCAGUCCCAAUGGAGAGUGGCUGGCUAGUUCCUCUGCUGACAAACUUAUCAAAGUGUGGGGUGCAUAUGAUGGAAAAUUUGAAAAGACCAUUUCUGGACAUAAGAUGGGCAUCAGUGAUGUGGCAUGGUCAUCAGACAGUCGAUUGAUAGUUAGUGCAAGUGACGACAAAACAUUAAAGGUUUGGGAAUUGAGUUCCGGCAAAUGCUUAAAAACACUAAAAGGACAUAGCAAUUAUGUAUUCUGUUGCAAUUUUAAUCCACAAAGUAAUCUUAUUGUAUCAGGAAGUUUUGACGAAAGUGUGCGGAUAUGGGAUGUUAGAACAGGUAAAUGUUUAAAGACACUACCAGCACAUUCAGAUCCAGUAUCAGCGGUUCACUUUAACAGAGAUGGAAGCCUUAUUGUAUCUUCAAGUUAUGAUGGAUUAUGUCGAAUCUGGGACACAGCAUCUGGUCAAUGUUUAAAAACAUUAAUUGACGAUGACAAUCCUCCAGUUUCAUUUGUUAAAUUCUCACCGAAUGGCAAAUAUAUACUAGCAGCUACACUAGAUAACACUCUCAAACUAUGGGAUUAUAGUCGUGGCAAAUGUUUGAAAACAUACACAGGACAUAAGAAUGAAAAAUAUUGCAUUUUCGCCAACUUCAGUGUCACAGGAGGAAAGUGGAUAGUAUCUGGGUCAGAGGACAACUUAGUAUAUAUCUGGAAUCUGCAGUCGAAAGAGAUAGUUCAACGGUUGUCCGGCCACACGGACACAGUACUGUGUACGGCUUGUCAUCCCACGGAGAACAUUAUCGCAUCUGCUGCACUUGAGAACGACAAAACUAUCAAGUUAUGGAAGAGUGACACUUAAAAUUAUGCUUGUCAAAAGACAUAAGCAUUGGUCUGACGACGCGGCUUCAUAUUGUGAGCUGGUGCGACCGGCUUGUGCAUUUGUACCUAUACGGUAUCACGGACAAUGGACUCGCUUGAUCCGAUGCAUAUUUUACUAUAAUUUAGUUCACAGUGAAACGUGUGCAUUUUCGGUUGUUAUAAGAUAUAAAUAUUUUUGUAUCUGACAUGCAAAUGAAAGGUAUGAAAUGAUUUAGCCAUUAUGUUUUAGUUAAGAUGAGGUUAAGAAUUCCGCUUAAGAAUAAACUUGUUGGAUGCAAUUAAAAAUUUAG